GGUACGCAACAGCCCUCAGCCAUUUAUCAACCUCAUCCGUUAAUUUUUGAGCCCACUGGGUUAAAUCUCUCUGUAAUUUCGAUCACGAUUAACUUAACCUUAUUCAACUUCGAUUAACUUAAUCUCUCCGUACUCUGUACUGCACCUGCACCUUUAAUUUCACAAUUAAUUUUAAUUUUUCAAUUUUGUACCAAAAUUUCAGUAACUAAUUUCGAAAGUCUCCAGAAUUAUCAGUUUAUGUCUGAAAUUACUAAUUGAGUUCUCUUUCUUCUAAAAAAAUCAAAUACAGAUACCUCCCACAAUUCUACUUACACAUCCCUAUAAACACUGAUCUUAGAUAUAUUAUUUGUGACCCUCCUGCUGAAUUAACCUAUUCGAGUAGAUUUCAUUUUUAUCUUCAUAAUUUUGUUUGAUAUCCUCUGAUAGGGAAAUGGAAGGGAUCUUUGUUAGUGGUACAUCAGAAUUGGAAGGGAUCUUUGUUAGUGGUACAUCAGAAUUAUUGAAAAGGUUGGUUUAUGUUGUUGACGAAGAGUUGGAUUGGGAUUCUUAUCAUAGCUGGUAUGCUCUGGAUAUCAGUGAUCAUCUGGAAAGUCUUAGAAGAACCUUGGAAACAAUUGAGGAUGUAACCUUUGAUGCCGAGAGGAAGCAGAUGAGCGAUGCUGUUGUGAAACUCUGGUUAAUAAAGCUCAAGGAAAUUGCUUAUGAUGCUGAUGAUAUUCUGGAUACCUUGUUCUAUGAUGCGGUCUUGCGAUCAAGGAACAUUAAGGUACCCCUCUUCUUUUCAUUACAUGACCCAAUAGACAUCUUGCUUCCGGAUAUCAUUAAAAAUUUUGAUCGAGUUUCAAGUGAGAUGUUCAACAUUUAUCGGAGAAUUCGUAUUAGUAACCCUCCUUCUCAAAGUAGUCAGAAACAGAAGAGACUGACUUCAGCUUCUGAUGUAGAUUAUCUGCUACAACCGAAGAAAUAUUUGAAAUUGAGGUAUGACAAUUUACCCUCCCAUUUGAAACAAUGUUUCUCAUACUUUUCUUUGUUUCCUAAAGAUUGGAAAUUUGAUAGAGAGACCUUGAUUCAAAUGUGGAUGGCUGAAGGUUUCCUUGAUCAGCCAUCUAAUAGAGGAAAUCAGAACUCUCUUGAAGACAUUGGUAAUGACUAUUUCAGUAGUUUGUUGUCAUGUUCAUUAUUUGAAAACGUAGAAUAUGACGAGCUAGGUGACAUUAUCACAUUCAAAAUGCAUAAUUAUGUACAUGAUUUUGCACUAAGUGUUGUUGGCCGUCACGAAGUCAUAGUUUUGAAUGAAAGUGAAUAUGAAAAAAGUGAUCGAUCUGAAAUCCUUCGACUACAGUUAGUUUUAGAUGAAGGCAGGCUAGAAAGUUCAAGAGCUAUAUUACUUCGUGGGAUAAAGUUGAGGACAAUCUUUUGUGGCUGCAAUUUAGGUUGGACGUUGGAAAUGAAUAGCCCGAAGCUACGUGUGAUACAUUUGGCUGGUGUAUGUAAGUUUACAAUUCCAGAUGAUUACCGUAACCAUUUGAGGUACCUUCACCUCACAGAUUGUGGAAUUAGAAAAACAGACGUUAGUAAACUUUACCUUCUUCAGACUCUGAACCUUUUUAAAUGCAGAAACGUUAACUCGUUUCUCCGAAAAAUUGGAUCUUUGCAAUUCUUAAGGCAUCUUAGUAUCUCUGGUUCAAGUGUUGAAGUGCUACCUAAAUCUAUUGUUAAGCUCCGUAAUUUGCAGAGUUUAGAUAUAUCACAUUUACCAAUCUCAGAAUUACCUGAUUCCAUCAAUGAUAUUUGUAGUUUAAGGAGGUUGAAAUUCCAUAAUUGCCAUAAUUUAAAAGCACUACCUAGUAACUUGGGAUCUUUGACGCAGUUAAGGUCAUUAGAUUUGGAAGGUACUGGAAUAACAGAGUUACCAGAUUCAGUCUCUCAGAUCUGUAAUUUAAAGAGGUUAAACUUCAGGUACUGCAAAAAUUUAAAAGCACUGCCCAGCAACUUAGGAGCUUUGACACAAUUAAGGUCACUAAAUUUGGAAGGUAGUGGAAUAACAGAAUUACCUGAUUCAAUCUGUCGCAUCUACAAUUUAGAGAGGUUGGAAUUCAGUAACUGCAGUGAAUUAAAAGCAUUACCCCAUGAUAUCGGAGCCUUGACACAAUUAAGGUCACUAAAUUUGGAAGGCACUGGAAUAAUAGAAUUGCCUGAGUCUUUGACAAGCAACCUCUGGAAAUUCGAGUCUGUGAACAUUAAUCGCCUGGAAGUAUUAAUGCCUUUCCUGGUAAGGAAAAUUGGCGGUGUCGAACACUUAGCGGGCCUAAUCUCCCUUCGUGUGUUAGAAAUAAGAUAUUUAGACUAUGUGAAAGGUCUUGAGGAUGCCGGGAAGGCAGAUUUAGGAAACAAGAAAAAACUUAGAGAAUUGAGUCUAAAAUGGGAAGAAGAAGGAGUUAAUUCAGUUGAAGUGUUGGAAGAUCUAAGGCCACAUCCUAACUUGGAAAAAUUGGUGAUAGAAAAUUUUGGGGGUGUAAAGCUUCCAAAGUGGAUGGGUUCAUCGUCUAUUUAUUGCUUCCUGAACUUAGUUGAGUUAUAUUUAUCAAAUUGCAACAGAUGUGAGAAGCUUCCUGCAAUGGGUAUGCUCCCAUGCCUCAGAGUUCUUUGGAUAUAUGGAAUGAUGUCGAUGAAGUGUUUGGGUCAAGAGUUUUAUUACCAGGAAGAAGAAGAAGAAGAAGAAAGCACUACUGGUUCUUCAGAAGCUACAACAAUAACUAUAUCAUUUCCUUCAUUAACUAGGUUGGAGCUCGGGGAUAUGGAUAAUUUAGAAGAAUGGGUUGCUCCUAAACCACCUUAUUAUAUUUGCUUCCCUGUCCUUGAGACUCUAUCAAUCAUUGGCUGCUGUGAAUUGACAUCAAUACCAGAUUUUCAAUUAUGUACUUCUCUGCGAGAAUUAACCAUAGAAGACUGCGACAAGUUGAAUGAGGAGUCUAUAUCCUAUGAUUUUAUUCAAAAAGAAGAGCAGGGUGCUGAUUCUUCUGAAGUAUACCUAUCACCAAAUUCAAUUACUAUCGACAGAUACUUGGUUAAGGAAAUCACCUCUGGAACACCUGAGCACAGCGGAAUUCAAGAUAUAGCGGCACUAGAGACGGAAAAGUCUUUAUGUAUUAGAAAUCUCGAGAAUGUGAGAGGUGGAAAGGAAGAUGCAGAAAGAGCAAAGUUGAAGGACAAGCAACACCUUGAGGAUUUGUAUCUAUCUUGGAAUUCUUCUUCUUCUAAUGAAAAUGGUGAUGAUGAGUAUAUUGAUAGGAGUCUCAAUGAUGGAAUGGUGUUGGAAGGUCUCUUACCUCACCCUAAUUUAAAGAUAUUGACAAUAUCUGGUUUCAGAGGUUUAAAGCUUCCAAAUUGGAUGGGGUUGUCUAAUUUUCUUCCACAUCUGGUGGAGUUAUAUUUUUACGAGUGCAAUAGUUGCGAGCAGCUUCCCUCGCUGGGUAUGCUCCCUUGUCUUAGAAUUCUUCAGCUAGAGCGUAUGAGUUUAGUGCAGUCUCUGACGGAAGAGUUUUAUUAUCAGCAACAGGAAAGUAGCGCCAGCAGCAACGUACAAAUAAGAGAAGAAGAAGUUGAUAUUGAGAAAAAGUCUACAACAUCAUCUUCAUCAUUAUCAUCAUCUGGAGUAUCCGUGUUCCCUUCGUUAGUUCAGUUGAGUCUUAUAGAUAUGUCAAUUUUAAAAGAAUGGGCUGCUCCACAUCUCUAUUUUAUAUCCUUCCCAUCCCUUGAAAGGUUGAUUGUCAGUGGCUGUUUAAGGUUGAAAUCCAUACCAUUUACUUCAUGUUGUUCUCUUAAGAGCUUGGUGUUACGUAAUACCAAUGACGAGGCGGUGAACUUAAUCUUAGCUAGUACAGGAGGGGAACGUACCUCCCUCGCAUCCGUGUCUACACAGUAUUCUCCGCAGCUUGAAUUUUUCCCAGUGGUGUUACUCCCAAAUACUACUCGCAUUCAAUCUUUAGAAAUUGCGCACUGCUCCAACUUUCAAGGUUUUCGUAUUCGAGACAACGAGGAAUUCCAGGCAGAAGUAUUUUCAGACACUGGUUUCAACACCAGCAUCAACUCUCUCUGCUCAUUGAAGUUAUUUGACUGUCCUGCUUUGACAUCUUUACCAGAUUUACGAGAAUGGACUUCUCUCACUGAACUAUGGAUUGAGGAUUGUGAUAAACUGAAAGAUUCUUUUUCUUAUGAUUUGGCAUCCCUCCCCAGUCUACGAGCACUGUAUGUUGAUAGCACCAUCAAUCUGCCUCAGAAGUAGGGAGGAGAGGAUCAGCAUCAAACUAUCAAAUUUGCUCCAACAGGGAUGCCAAAUUCCAGGGUUGAUAAGUAAGCACAGCCAGGUGAAGGUAAAAACAUGGUUUAAAAUAGGAUUUUGGUUAACAUUUGACACUUGUUUCUUAACUGUAUGUUCAACACUAUCAUGUUUUAACAGGUUGUUGAAUGAAUCACGUCAAACUUGUAUAAAUCAACUUGAUCAUUUCAACUAUUAACUCUGUAAAUCAUAUAUAUCAACUUGAUUCAUUAA